AUGGCACAAGCACUGCUGGCACCACCCGGACCCGAAUGCUUCUUCCGUUUCACUCGGGAAUCCCUCGCAGCCAUUGAGCAGCGGAUUGCAGAAGAAAGGGCCAAUACAACACUGCAAGACCAGAAGGAUGAUGAAAGUGACGAAAACAAACCAAAGCCAAACGCUGACUUGGAGGCAGGGAAGAAGCUGCCCUUCAUUUAUGGAGACAUCCCUCCAGGAAUGGUGUCUCAGCCAUUGGAGGACCUGGACCCUUACUAUGCAAACAAAAAAACUUUUAUAGUAUUGAACAAAGGGAAGACCAUCUUCAGAUUCAGUGCCACACCUGCCUUGUACAUGCUAAGUCCUUUCAGCAUUCUUAGAAGAAUUUCUAUUAAGAUUUUGGUGCACUCAUUAUUUAGCAUGUUUAUUAUGUGCACUAUUCUGGCAAACUGUGCCGUCAUGACCAUGAGUGAACCUCGCAAUUGGACAAAGUAUGUCGAAUAUACUUUCACUGGAAUUUACACAUUUGAGUCCCUCGUAAAAAUAUUUGCAAGAGGUUUUUGUAUAGAUGCUUUUACGUUCCUUAGAGACCCUUGGAAUUGGCUCGAUUUCACUGUCAUUUCAUUUGCGUAUAUAACAGAAUUUGUAAACCUAGGCAAUGUUUCAGCUCUUCGAACUUUCAGAGUACUGAGAGCUUUGAAAACUAUUUCUGUAAUCCCAGGCUUAAAAACCAUUGUGGGAGCCCUCAUUCAGUCUGUGAAGAAGCUCUCGGAUGUAAUGAUCCUGACCGUGUUUUGUCUGAGUGUAUUUGCACUCAUAGGGCUGCAGCUUUUCAUGGGCAACUUGAGGCAUAAAUGUGUGGUGUGGCCUCCACUGAAUUCUUCCCUGGUGAAUGUAUCACAAGACAACUGGACUGAGUAUAUUUGGACUGUGUACAUUAAACAAGAAGGUGAGGUGUCGUCUAAGAAACUGUAUUACGUUUUGCCAGAUGGAAAGGAUCCCUUGCUUUGUGGUAAUAGUUCGGAUGCUGGCAAAUGUCCUGAAGGAUACAUGUGUAUAGAAACUGGUAGAAACCCCGAUUAUGGCUAUACAAGCUUUGAUUCUUUCCCCUGGGCCCUUUUGACACUUUUUCGGCUGAUGACUCAAGACUACUGGGAAAACCUUUAUCAGCUGACCUUGCGUGCUGCUGGCAAAGCAUACAUGAUCUUUUUUGUUCUGGUGAUCUUCCUGGGCUCUUUCUAUCUGAUCAACCUGAUCCUGGCUGUUGUCGCCAUGGCCUACGAGGAACAGAAUCAAGCCACCAUGGAAGAAGCAAAGCUGAAAGAGGCUGAAUAUCAGCAGAUGCUGGAACAACUGAAAAGACAGCAAGAGGAAGCUCAGGCAAUAGUGGCGGCGGCAGCAGAGUACAGAGACUUUACUGGUGAAGGUGGGGGUGGGAGACUUUCCAAAACUUCAUCAGAACUGUCGCGGCUGAGCUCCAAAAGUGCUAAAGAAAGAAGAAACCGGAGGAAAAAAAGGAGAGAGCAGUCUUUAAGCGAUAAAGCUGAUGUCAAAAAUAUCCCCAAAUCUGAAUCAGAUGGUAGCAUCAAAAAGAAGGGAGGAGUCACUUAUGAAAAGCGUUUCUACUCUCCUCCACACCAGUCAACGCUGAGCGUGUUUUCCCCAAGCCGCACACGCAGAACAAGCCUUUUCAACUUCAGAGUCAGUGAAGGAGGAUCAGAGAACGAUGCCGAUAGUGAGCACAGCACGAUUGAAGACACCGGCAGCUGUAAUGGUUCCUUUUUUGUGCUGCCACGCAGCAGUAUCAUUAGUCAGUCCAUGAGGCCUUCGUGGCCAGUUAACGGAAAAAUGCAAAGCAGCGUGGAUCGUAAUGGGGUGGUUUCCUUGGUAGGAGGACCACCUUCACUCCGGUCGCCCACAGGACAGCUUCUCCCAGAGGUGAUAAUAGAUAAAGCAACUACUGAUGACAGUAGCACUACCAGUGAAAGCAGAAAGAGGCGGUCAAGUUCUUUUCAGCUGUCAAUGGAUUUACUGGAAGACCCCACCCUAAGGCAAAGAGCAAUGAGUAUCGCAAGUAUAAUCACAAACACAAUGGAAGAACUUGAGGAGUCCCGUCAGAAGUGUCCACCUUGCUGGAAUAAAUUUGCCCACACCUAUUUGAUUUGGAACUGUUCUGAUACAUGGUUAAAAAUAAAGAAAAAUGUCCAUUUAAUUGUGAUGGAUCCAUUUGUUGAUCUUGCCAUUACCAUCUGCAUAGUUCUAAACACUCUGUUCAUGGCCAUGGAACAUUAUCCGAUGAGCCCUUCCUUCAGCCAAGUUCUUAAAGAUGGAAAUCUGGUCUUCACUGGCAUUUUCACUGCUGAAAUGGUCCUCAAGAUUAUAGCCAUGGAUCCUUUUUAUUAUUUCCAAGAAGGCUGGAAUAUUUUUGAUAGCAUUAUUGUCAGCCUUAGUUUAAUGGAGCUGGGUCUUGCAAAUGUGGAAGGAUUGUCAGUUCUACGAUCAUUCAGAUUGCUUAGAGUCUUCAAGCUGGCUAAAUCCUGGCCAACCCUAAAUAUGCUAAUAAAGAUCAUUGGCAACUCAGUAGGGGCGCUGGGAAAUCUGACCUUGGUCUUGGCCAUCAUUGUCUUCAUCUUUGCCGUGGUUGGCAUGCAGCUGUUUGGUAAAAGCUACGUGGAUUGUGUCUGCAAAAUUAACAGUGACUGCAAACUUCCACGCUGGCACAUGAACGAUUUUUUCCACUCUUUCUUGAUCAUCUUCCGAAUACUUUGUGGAGAAUGGAUAGAGACUAUGUGGGAUUGUAUGGAAGUCGCAAGUCAAGCCAUGUGCUUGGUUGUAUUUCUGUUGGUCAUGGUGAUUGGAAACUUAGUGGUAUUAAACCUCUUUCUGGCCUUAUUAUUGAGCUCUUUCAGUUCAGACAACCUUGCUGCUCCAGAAGAGGAAACAGACGCAAAUAAUCUCCAGAUUGCCAUAGCAAGGAUUCACAGGGGAAUUGAUUUUGUGAAGAGAAAACUGUACGAAUUUGUCCAAACUAUUUGUUUCCAAAAAACGAAGGCCACCGCAGGUCUUAAAUCAGCUGGCAACCAAAACAACAAGAAUGCUGGCGGUAUUCCCAACCAUACCAUAGCAGAAAUCAGCAAAGCUCUUGACUAUCACCAAGAAAAAAGCACAGUUUCUAUUUUUAUGGACAGCAAUGAUCCCAUGUCAUUUAUCAACAACCCAAGUCUUACUGUGACCGUACCGAUUGCUGUGGGAGAAUCUGACUUCGACCCCGUAAAUACAGAGGAAUUUAGCAGUAUGUCUGAAGUUGAGGACACUAAAGAGAAAUUGAGCUUUUGCAGCUCCACGGAAGGUAGCACAGUCGAUAUUGGUCCCCUGCGCGAUGAAGAAGCAGAUGCUUUGCUGGAUGACCCAACAGAACCAAAAGCUUGUUUUACUGAAGACUGUGUACGAAAAUUCAAAUGCUGUCAAGUAAGCAUAGAAUCUGGGAGGGGCAGAUGCUGGUGGAACCUUCGUAAAACCUGUUUCAGGAUCGUGGAGCACAGCUGGUUUGAAACCUUCAUUGUCUUCAUGAUUCUUCUCAGCAGUGGUGCUUUGGCUUUUGAAGACAUAUAUAUUGAACAGCGCAAGGUUAUCAAGACCAUUCUUGAAUAUGCUGAUAAAGUCUUCACGUUUAUCUUCAUUCUGGAAAUGCUUCUUAAAUGGGUGGCUUAUGGCUUUCAAGUCUACUUCACUAACGCUUGGUGCUGGCUGGAUUUCAUGAUUGUUGAUGUGUCCAUAGUGAGUCUAACAGCUAGUGCUUUGGGCUUUGCUGAUCUCGGACCUAUUAAAUCGCUUCGGACACUAAGAGCACUGAGACCUCUGAGAGCCUUAUCAAGAUUUGAAGGAAUGAGGGUGGUUGUGAACGCCCUCAUAGGAGCCAUACCAUCUAUUAUGAAUGUGCUUCUCGUUUGUCUUAUUUUCUGGCUAAUUUUCAGUAUCAUGGGUGUAAAUCUAUUUGCUGGCAAAUUUUACCAUUGUAUUAAUACCACAACAAACAAGCUCACGGAGAAUGUAAAUAUUCGGUUUAGAAAUGAGUGUGACAUUUACGGUAACAAUGAGACAAGAUGGAAAAAUGUGAAAGUAAACUUUGAUAAUGUUGGUAUUGGGUAUCUUUCACUACUUCAAGUGGCCACUUUUAAAGGAUGGAUGACUAUAAUGUAUGCUGCUGUUGAUUCAACAGGUGUUGAAAAGCAGCCCAUCUAUGAAGAAAACCUUUUCAUGUAUCUGUAUUUCGUCAUCUUUAUUAUAUUUGGUGCAUUCUUCACCCUGAAUCUUUUCAUUGGUGUUAUAAUUGAUAAUUUCAACCAACAAAAGAAGAAGUUAGGAGGUCAAGACAUAUUUAUGACAGAAGAACAGAAAAAAUACUACAAUGCAAUGAAAAAACUGGGGUCCAAGAAACCACAAAAGCCUAUACCUAGACCAGCAAAUGCUUUCCAAGGCAUCAUUUUUGAUUUGGUCACCAAGCAAGCAUUUGAUAUCACCAUCAUGAUCCUUAUCUGUCUCAAUAUGUUCACCAUGAUGAUAGAAACAAAUGACCAGACUCCCAAAAUGACAAACACUUUGUAUUGGAUAAAUGUGAUCUUCAUUGUCCUUUUCACGGGAGAGUUCAUCCUGAAACUGAUUGCACUCCGUUAUUACUAUUUCACAAUUGGCUGGAAUAUAUUUGAUGUCGUGGUUGUUAUCCUCUCCAUUGUAGGUAUGUUUCUAGCAGAGAUUAUCGAGAAAUACUUUGUGUCCCCCACCUUGUUCCGAGUUAUCCGACUUGCCAGGAUAGGUCGAAUCCUGCGGCUUAUCAAGGGUGCUAAAGGGAUCCGCACUCUGCUUUUCGCCUUGAUGAUGUCUUUGCCUGCCUUGUUUAACAUCGGUCUCCUGCUUUUCCUCGUCAUGUUCAUCUACGCUAUAUUUGGGAUGUCCAACUUUGCUUAUGUCAAGAGAGCAGUUGGAAUUGAUGACAUGUUCAAUUUUGAAACCUUUGGUAACAGCAUGAUCUGCCUCUUUCAAAUUACCACCUCUGCUGGCUGGGCUGAAUUGCUAGAACCCAUUCUUAGCAGUGGGGAACCUGACUGUGACCCUCACAAACAAAAUCCAGGAAGCUUUGUUGAAGGAGACUGCGGCAUUCCUUCUAUUGGGAUUUUCUUUUUUGUCAGCUACAUUAUCAUAUCAUUUCUAGUGGUGGUAAAUAUGUACAUUGCUGUUAUUCUGGAAAACUUUGGCGUUGCUACAGAAGAAAGUGCUGAACCUUUAGGGGAAGAUGACUUUGAAAUGUUCUAUGAAGUCUGGGAAAAGUUUGAUCCAGAUGCAACCCAGUUUAUAGAAUACUGCAAUCUCUUUGAUUUUGCUGCCUCCCUGGAUCCUCCUCUUUUAAUACCCAAACCAAAUAAGAUUCAGCUUAUUGCAAUGGAUCUUCCCAUGGUAAAUGGUGACAGAAUUCACUGCCUCGACAUCUUGUUUGCCUUCACAAAACGUGUUUUGGGCGAAAGUGAUGAAAUGGAUGCCCUUCGUGUUCAAAUGGAAGAUCGGUUUAUGGCAGCCAAUCCUUCUAAAGUCUCCUAUGAACCAAUCACAACGACAUUGAAACGGAAACUUGAGGAGGAGUCUGCAAAAGUUAUUCAGCGAGCUUUUCGAUCAUACCGUUUGAAGAGAACAAUAAACCAAGUUUCGUUCAUGUAUGACAAAGAUGGAGAUGACUUUUCUGUCAAAAAUGGAAUGGUUAUCGAUCAAUUAAGUUUGAACUCAACUCUGCAAAAGACAGACAGGAGCUCCUCUACAACUUCACCUCCUUCGUAUGACAGUGUGACAAAGCCAGACAAAUAUGAGCAGGAAACACCAGAGAAAGAAGAUAAAGACAAAGUUUCAAGAGACAGGAAAAAGUAA